CAGCCGCCCAGGCCGGCCCCGGGCAGCCUGCAGACGCCUGUGGUCACCAACCACCUCGUGCAGCUGGUGACUGCGGCCAGCAAAGCCCCCGGGGCCACCCCCAGUCUCCCACCGCAGGGGAAGACUCGCCGGUUCCCGGGGCCUGCUGGGAUCCUGCCCCAGCAGCAUGCUGGGAAGCUCCUGGAGGAGAUCCUCGUUUCUGCUCCCCAUACUCCAGCUCACGGGGCUGUGGCGAAACCACGGACGGAGGGACUGCCCAGCUCCUCGCCACCCACAGAAGAGGAUUUCGGGAAGGGCCCCUGGCUUGCCAUGAAGAUGGAGCUGGGGCUAGACGAGAGGGACCCCAGCUGCUUCCUCAGGACCUACAGCGUGGUCAUGGUGCUGCGGAAGGCAGCCUUGAAGCAGCUCCCGAAGAACAAGGUCCCCAGCAUGGCGGUGAUGAUCAAGACGCUGACCAGGACCAACGUCGAUGCUGGUGCCGUGUUCAAGGACCUGACUGGAGAGAUGCAGGGCACGGUGCAUCGCCUGCUGCUGGAAGAGAGACAGGGCGAGCUCAGGCCUGGCUCGGUGCUGCUCCUGAAGCAGGUGGGCGUCUUCUCCCCGUCCCACCGCAACCACUACCUCAACGUCACCCCCAACAACCUGCUCAAGAUCUUCCCGCCGGAUCCUGAGGGCAGCUUCUCGCAGCCAGCGCCAGUGCAGCGGGAGGUCCCUGCUCAGGCUGAGCUACUCCAGCACCACCCCGCGCAGCGCCCCCAGGGUGUCCCAGCCCCUGGGGACUGGGGACGAUGGAGGACGGGCAGCCGCAGCACAGAGCAGUCUACUGGGGGCUUCUUGAACUCGCAGAGCUCCGGGCCCGGGCAGGAAGAGCUGGUUGGAGCCGAUGGCUGUGACAUGGAUGACCUGGACGGGCUCCUGGGAGAGCUGCCUGAGGAUUUCUUCUCUGCUCCGGCCCAAGCUGACUGCUGCUGA